AGCUCAACAGCUAUCUCUACCUGGACACCAGCCUGAAGACGGAGCAUCAGCGCGCCCGCCUCGUGAGCCCCACGGUGGCAGCGAAAACCGGGCCCCUCUGCCUUGUCUUCUCCUACCAGCUAUGGGGCGAGGCCCAGGGCCACCUGAAGGUCCUGCUGCGGGACGCCCACAAUGAGGAGACCCUGGUCUGGACCCUGACGGACGAUCAGGGCCCUGUGUGGAAGGAGGGCCGCGCAGCCCUGCCUAGCUCUCCUAAAGACUUCCAGGUUGUGAUGGAGGGUUUCUUUGUGCACGGCACCAGAGGACACAUCUGGAUAGACAACAUCCACAUGAGCUCCAGCACCCCCCAUAAAGAGUGUUCACACUCGUCUAAAAUAACGUAA